AUGGCUAUCCAAAUCCAGUCGCCAUCACCACCACCAUUUCCUCGUCCGCAAGCUGGCCGCCGCUUUCACUCUGAGCUCGCUCACGCCGCCGCCGGCUUCCCUUUGCUCCUCCUCCGUCGGCCCGGCCUCCGCCCAUCCGGUCCCUACUGCCAACUGUCGGACCACCCGACGGCCCCUCAAUUGAGAAUUCCGCCGAGGACAGGUAGAAUUGAUAGGUCGCUGCUGUCAGUGUCGGAGGCGAGCUCCGAGUCGGAGCUGUGGGCAUCCGCGCGCCUCCGCGUCCGGACCUUCUACGUCUUCAAUAAGCAGACGUACGGCAUCGAGGAACAUAAAAGAUACCUGGCUGAACGUGAAUUUGAAGCAAUGAUAGAACGUAUAGCUGGAAAGAGAAAGGGCUUCAGAAGAGUUUCUUGCAUCAAUGCUACUUUGCCAAUCUCGGCAGUGGCGAAUGUCUCAGAUGAUUUGUGUGCUUCUUGCAAAUUUUCGCAAAAUGGAGAAGAUCGAGUAGUUGUUGGGACACUAGAUAUAAACCAAUGCAUCAGCCUCCCGAAUGAAAUUAUAGGAAUGAGGCCUAAGGGAAUCGGAGCUGAUUUUGCCAGAGCAUAUGUUAGCAACGUUUGUGUGGCUACAGAAAUGCAUCGUAAUGGUUUGGGUUACGAGCUCAUUGCUGAGUCAAUGAGAGUUGCUGAAAAUUGGGGAAUAAGCGAUAUGUACGUUCACGUAGCUGUGGAUAAUGAAGCGGCUAAAAAUCUGUACAUAAAAAGUGGUUUCAUUUUAGAAAGUGAUGAACCUGCUUGGCAAGCAAGGUUUUUGGAUCGGCCCAGAAGGCAUCUAUUGUGGAUAGGUCUUCCCAUAACAUACGAAUUGUGA